UGACCGGUAGUCAUUCCCGAUGAGGACAAUGAACGAAACGGGUUAGCAGUUGGUGAUUGCUGGUUUUGUGUGGUUCUACAUAUAACAGUUCUACCUAGUUGCCUUCGAUAUAAAUCAGUGUUUUGGAUAGAUUGUCUUUUGCUGAAUCAUGAUUAAUUUAAUCUCGGUAUGGAUUCUGACGAUGAUUGCGUUGUCGUGGGCCGCCGAAGAUAGUUUGUUUCUUUCGGGGUUUGAAAAGAAAGCACCCAUGCUCGGUUGCCACAAGCGCGUGUUCACCUACCGUGUGUCGCAGGCGGACAGCAAAGGGCGCGAAUGUUGGGACCACGUGAGUGUGUGGUCCUGCCACGGACGGUGCGAUUCGAACGAGAUUUCCGACUGGCGUUUCCCGUACAAGCGGUCCCACCAUCCGGUGUGUAUGCACGCAGGACGGACCCGAUCGGUGGCCACGUUGAGGCAUUGCCAUCCGGAGGCAGACGCGGAAGCUAAACUGUACGAGUACAUGGAACCGAAAUCGUGCAGCUGCCAGACGUGCACCAGUAUGGACACCAGCUGCGAGGGACCGAAACAACUUAGCACGGAUACGGCAACCAAGAUUUUCCAAAUCGACGACGAGGAAAUUGAAUCCGAGUACGCUUAGGAUUAGUUGGCACUGCAGUGUGAUAUUCGACAGUGAUGUUUGCAAUGGUGGCCAUAACUAUAUUUUUAGUGCUUUCAUGUGAAUAAAUAUAAUG